AAAGUAAAUUUUUUAGGUACUAUUAUUUUAAAAAGUAAUGUUUUUCGUAAAAUUUAAAACGCUGGAAAUGUUUGUGUCAGCAGUAGCAUGCGCACAGCUAGAUUACUGUAGACAGCCCACUCUGCUAGCGCCAGAGCCCCAGAACGGGCCAGGAGUAAAAUCAUUUGUUUACAUUUCGUGACAAUCGGCCAGAUUUCCCGUCUGUGACUCUUUGGCACAAUUUUUUUAUUUCCUCCUUAUUGUGUUGCAGAGAGCGAAGCUCUUCCGCUGAUUUAGAAGAAGAGAGGCUAAUCCAGAACUGCUUUUAAAUUAAACUGCAAUUCUAGAUCGGAUAAUAAUGAUUAGGAUAUCCUCCCUGUCAAGCGUACUUAAACUCCCGAACACUUCCAGUCCACGUCCUGUAAUUGUGGGAUGCACUAGGUAUAUCUCGGGAGGAUACAACGAGGACGCCACGGAACAGGGCUCUGUGGUUAGUGGCCCGAACCCCAAAGAGAGAUACUCUCCUGCCCAUGCUGUAGGUCGCGCUUAUCGAAAAAGUAUCCCUGGCAUUGGUGAAGUCAUUGACUACGAAAAGGAUGAAUAUGCCUAUUUCAAAGUACGGCCUCCUGCCGCUGAGCCUGUGCUUCGACCAAAAAGGGACGUUGAGCGCUUGCACACAGAAAGUUUUGCCUUUCAGGAAUGGGGCGAAGCGCGCGACGAGGUAAUGCGCGACUACAAAACUCGCACGGGUAUUUUAGCCCACAAAUGGGAUGUAUCCGAUGAAGAAAUGAACUACACCUGGCGAGCAAAUCCCGGCGGGCGCGAACCCGCCUUCCGCCAACCUUACAGUCCCCCGGAGGAAUUUAACCCCAAACCGUUGCCGCCUAGCGAUCCCUAUGUAGUCCGCGUGCCGUAUCCCCUACAUCGUCGUGCCGAGAUGAAACCUCUGCAACGUGGUACUACUUGGCGACUGGAUCCCAUGCCGUUAGUGCAAAAAUACGCAUCGUGGGCGGAUUAUGCGGAUGAUUAUGACAGCAGUCUGGACGCUGGCGAAAAGAAGGACAUGGAGCCCAGUAAAGAAGAAACACAGCUGCAGCGUGCGAAAUAGUUUGUCUUCAGGUGCUGUUCAUCCAUGGUGUUGUGCUAUUGAAGUAAAUUCUGAAUUUCAGAAUUUUGUCACUAGACUGUAUUACGAAGUGUAAUCAUAAUAAUGUCAGGGGUCUGUCGUAUCCCGGAUCGCGUAAAAUGCAGUUGCUCGCACUUGUGUACUUAUCUUCAUUAACUGAGUAGUUUUCAUUGGCUCGUUGUGAAUUGAACCUGAAGUGUUAAAGAUAAUAAACAUCUAUU